AUGCUGCGCCUCCUGACCCGACUGGUGUGCUUGUGGAUGUGCGCCGAGACCGUGGCGACAUACGCGGAUGAGCACAACCGACGGUUGCCCUCAUUCAAAGAGUCGACGUCGCGGGAUGUCCUCAAGUCGGAGUCAGAGUCGUCCAAAGAAGCCGCGGUGCUUCUAUUAAGCCCGCUGCUUAACACGAUUGGACAGCCGGCUUUACGCGCGGAUGUGGCGGCGCGGCCGAACCGAUGCAGCACGGGAUGCCAACUCGGGAGAAUCGUGAAACUUGCACCGAGCACGAAGCGGCACACGCGCCGGGAAUCCAGGAAGGCCAAGCAAGCGAGAGGCAAGCGGCUACGCCGGCGAGCUGCGGCCGCCUGGCAGGCUUCGCCGUCGGUCAUGGCGCAGGAGCAAGACCACGAUUCUCCUGGGAACACCAACGCGAGUGACUACGACGACUACGCGGCACCGGGAUCGACUGACGCGCCGCCUUUCGAGCCGGGCACCCCGCGGAACAAAGUGAAGCGCGUGAGGAACCCCUUCUAUCCUCUAGACGCCGGGGCUUAUGGCGCUUACGCGAUGUUGUUCGCCGCCUUCGUGGUGGUAUGUGCGGGCGUACUUGGCAACGUGUCGCUGAUGUGCAUGGUGUGCCACAACUACUACAUGAGGAGCAUCUCCAACUCGCUGCUGGCCAACAUGGCUCUGUGGGACUUCUUGGUGCUCUUCUUGUGCUUACCGUUGGUCCUCUUCCACGCACUCACCGACGAUUGGCUGCUGGGGGAAACGACAUGCAGGCUCGUCCCAUACCUGGAGGUAGCAUCUCUCGGUGUAACGACAUUCACUCUGUGCGCACUCUGCAUCGACCGCUUCCGAGCUGCCGCCAAUGUGCGUUCAUACUACGAGAUGACUGACAACUGGACAUCCACCACCGCCAAACUGGCCGUCAUCUGGGUGGGUGCCCUGUUGCUGGCCCUUCCCGAGCUUCUCAUCCGCCAGCUGGUGACGGAGGAGGCCGACACUUCUGGAGGCGAGUUGGGAGUGUUGUUUGAGCGCUGCGUGCUGCGCGUGUCCACCCGGUUGCCGGACACGCUUUAUGUUCUGGGUCUGACAUACGGGGGCGCCCGCCUGUGGUGGUUCUUCGGCUGCUACUUUUGCCUUCCCACGCUCUUCACCAUAUUCUGCUCGCUGGCCACCGCACACAAGAUUCGUGGUGCCGAACGGGCAACAGCGCCCACUCGGGGCACCAAGAAACAGAUCCGCCUAGAGAGCCAGAUGAACUGCACAGUGGUGGCGCUUGCUAUUCUCUACGGCUUCUGCCUCAUUCCUGAGAACGUGUGCAAUGUGGUAGUGGCCUACAUGGCAGCGGGGGUACCGCCUAGGACACUGGACAUUCUGCAUCUGCUGAGCCAGCUGUUGCUGUUCUGCAAAGCGGCGGCCGCACCGCUUUUGGUCCUGUGCCUGUGCGAGCCUUUCCGUCGGGCGUUCCUGGACUGUUGCUGCUGUUGCUGCCGGGAGUGCGGCACUCCAAGCCCUGGGUCCAACACAGAUGCUGAUGGUGGCGCCAACGAUGCUCUGGAACUAUCGAACUGUGAUGCUGCCCCCAAUGACGGGGAGACGUCCACCACCUAUGCAACAGUGGGGACACACUGCUGA